AUGCAGGGAUCACCUACAUGCAUUCACCCCACAGGAUCCAGCUCUGUGCAGGGAUCACCUACAUGCCCUCACCCCACAGGAUCCAGCAUUAUACAGGGAUCACCUACAUGCCCACACCCCACAGGAUCCAGCUCUAUAAAUGGAUCACUUGCAUGCCCUCACCCCACAGGAUACAGCUCUAUGCAGGGAUCACCUACAUGCCCUCACCCCACAGGAUCCAGCUCUAUGCAGGGAUCACCUACAUGCCCUCACCCCACAGGAUCCAGCUCUAUAAAGGGAUCACUUACAUGUCCUCACCCCACAGGAUCCAACUCUAUACAGGGAUCACCUACAUGUCCUCACCCCACAGGAUCCAGCUCUAUAAAGGGAGCACCUACAUGCCCUCACCCCACAGGAUCAAGCUCUAUAAUGGGAUCACUUACAUGCCCUCACCCCACACGAUCCAGCUCUAUGCAGGGAUCACCCACAUGCCCUCACCCCACAGGAACCAGCUCUAUAAAGGGAUCACUUACAUGCCCUCACCCCACAGGAUCCAGCUCUAUGCAGGGAUCACCUACAUGCCCUCACCCCACAGGAUCCAGCUCUAUAAAGGGAUCACUUACAUGCCCUCACCCCACAGGAUCCAGCUCUAUGCAGGGAUCACCUACAUGCCAUCACCCCACAGGAUCCAGCUUUAUUAAGGGAUCACUUACAUGCACUCACCCCACAGGAUCCAGCUGUAUGCAGGGAUCACCAACAUGCCCUCACCCCCCAGGAUCCAGCUCUAUGCAGGGAUCACCUACAUGCCCUCACCCCACAGUUUCCAGCUCUAUGCAGGGAUCACCUACAUACCCUCACCCCACAGGAUCCAGCUCUAUAAAGGGAUCACUUACACGCCCUCACCCCACACGAUCCAGCUCUAUACAGGGACCACCUACAUGCCCUCACCCCACAGGAUCCAGCUCUAUGCAGGGAUCACGUACAUGCCCUCACCCCACAGGAUCCAGCUCUAUGCAGGGAUCACCUACAUGCCCUCACCCCACAGGAUCCUGA